GUAAGUUUCACUUCCGCCACGAAUAAACAAUCCGCGCCAACAUGUCGCAAGAUUUGACAGUGUUAAAUAAUUUAAUGAGCAUUGGGCUUUCUGAACAGAAAGCAAAGGAAACUGCGAAGAAUGAGAAACUCUGUAAGGAAUUGAUUCAUGUCAUUGAAUUGGCAAACAAAUCCUCAGCAAAUGGAAUAGCUAAAGCUACUGGAAAUUUAUUAUACCAUAUAGUAUCUAAAGUGAAACCUCAAAUCCAAUCUAAGGUGGAAUUACUAGUUCAGUAUGUCGCAGAAAAUAAAAUAGAUUCUGAAAUAAAACUCAAUGCUGCAAUAACAUACUUAAUGAAUCAUGCAGAUGAAAACAUAAACAUCGAAGAAUUUGAAAAAAAUUGUGGAGUUGGAGUUACUGUGUCUCCUGAAGAAAUUGAAAAAGUAGUUGAAAAAGUCAUUGCUUCUCACAAGGCAGAAUUGGUAGAAAAACGAUACUCAUUUAAUACAGGAUUGUUAAUGGCGGAAGCACGUAAAGAACUUCCAUUUGCUGAUGGAAAAUAUAUAAAGAAUGAAGUUGAGCUUCAAAUUUUAGAUAUUCUGGGCCCUAAAACUGCAGAAGAUAAUAUUAAACCAACUAAAGCCAAGACAAAAGAGAAAAAAGAAACUAUUUCUUCUGCAGCUGAGAAAGAAACUGACCAGAAAGGUCAUUCAAUAACUGAUAUAAUGAAGAAAUUAAAUUUUCACAAACCUGGUGAAAAUUUUAAAACAGGUGGAUAUGUUAUUACUCCUAAUACAAUGAGUCUUCUGAAGGAACAUCUAGAAGUAACCAAAGGACAAGUUCGCACAAGAUUUCCGCCUGAACCUAAUGGUAUAUUACACAUAGGUCAUGCGAAGGCAAUAAAUAUAAAUUUUGGUUUUGCUCAAGCUCACAAUGGAAUUUGCAUUUUGCGAUUUGAUGAUACAAAUCCUGAAAAGGAAGAAGAAAAAUUUUUCAAUGAAAUAAUCCAGAUGGUUCAAUGGUUAGGUUAUAAGCCUGCUAUGAUCACCCAUUCAUCAGAUUAUUUUGAUCAGCUGUAUGAAUAUGCCCGUACAUUGAUCAGAAAGGAUUUCGCAUAUGUAUGUCAUCAGAAACAAGAAGAAAUUAAAGGUUUCAACCCUCCUCCUUCACCAUGGCGAAACCGUCCAGUUGAAGAAAGCUUACGGUUAUUUGAGGAUAUGAAAAAUGGGAAAAUAGAUGAAGGUGAAGCAACUCUACGUAUGAAAUUAACAUUAGAAGAGGGAAAACAAGAUCCUGUAGCUUAUCGUAUAAAAUUCUUACCUCACCAUAGGACAGGAAAUACAUGGUGUGUAUUAAUUUUUUCUUUUAUAACACAGUGUAGCCAUGCCAAAUUUGUCAUUAUAAACUAA